AUGUGGUUAAGAACCAGCCUGUUCUUAGGCGUUUUAUUCGAAAUUAUUGCUGGAUCAGACGACCAAUAUGUAACAUGUAGGAGUCUUGUGAAGUUAAUGAACGCAAAUGAAGGAUCUCGUCUCCAUUCACACGAUGUGAAAUAUGGAAGUGGUAGUGGACAACAGUCAGUAACGGCUGUUAAAAACUCUGAUGAUGUCAACUCCCAUUGGAUGAUCUACCCAGAACUGAAAGCUGAUUGUGGAAGAGGAGAACCAAUAAAGUGUGGUGACAAAAUCCGUCUGAAACAUCUUAGUACAGGGUGUUUCCUCCACAGCCACCACUUCCAUGCGCCUCUUUCUAAGCAACACCAAGAAGUGUCUUGCUUCGGUAGUGAUAAGGAGAGUGAUUCUGGAGAUAACUGGGAAGUAGUAUGUAGCGACGAUGAAUGGAUUGAAACAGAGAGUGUCCGACUGAAGCAUGUUAUCACUGGAGUUUACUUAGCUUUGUCAGGGCAACAAUUCGGAAGACCAAUUCAUGGUCAAAGGGAAGUUGUUGGUGUUGAUGGAAUCACGAACGGAGUAAAUUGGAAAGUAGCUGAAGGUGUUUUUAUGAUGAAAAACAAAGACUAA